AUGGAUUCGACCGCUACAGGAAGGCGCCAAGGGCUCCGGAAGGGCACUCGAAGCUGCUGGGAGUGCAAGAGGCGGAAGACCCGCUGCAUCUUCAGCUCUGGGGCCGCCCACACUGCACCUUGCACUGGCUGCCAACGCCGAGGGCUGGCAUGCGUGAGCCAGGAGGUGCCAGAGGAGACUGCCCGGCCUACUGUGCCGUACCAGCCGCUGAACGACCGGCUGGUGCGCGUGGAGAAACUCCUUGAGGAGAUUGCGGCAAAGCAGGAUUCUGGCGCGACGCCGACCCGACACUCGGAUCCAGGCAAUGUGUUCAACGUAAACUCCGAUGUUGUCUACACGCCCGGCAUCUCUGCAUGUAUGGCUCUCUAUGAAGGUUGUGAUGGUGAGUAUGUUUGCCUGAAUAGGAGGCACUUUGAAAAUAUGCCCAGGCAACCCAGAGAGCAGCCCGAGAAGCUUCAAGCAGUGCUACCAACAACCGAAGACAUGGGCAUCAUUGCCCGCGUCAUUAGCCACGAUGCGCUCUACUAUCAUCUGAUGAUGGCGAUGCCAUACACGCAGGCCAGAUUCCCAACGUCCAACACUCUAAGCUCCCUGGCCACGCUACCAGACCUCACCUCGCACCCAGUUCUCAUCGCAAAGAGGCUGCUCACCAUAGCGACCUUUUUGCAGGGUAUGGGGCCCGGGCAUAGGAACCAAUCCAUGCGUCUGUCCAUGCCGGUCGACGCGAUGAAGACUUGCCUCGUGGAUGUGGCUACGCGUUUGGUCGAAACCAGGGACGACCAGAUCAGAUACAUGGAGCAAGUGGAGUGUAUCCUCCUCGAGGCCGUCUUCCAUGCCAACUGCGGGAACUUGAGGCGUUGCUGGCUGGCUGCCCGCCGACUGAUGGCCAUUGGGCAGCUGCUUGGUAUGAAUCGCCCAGGCCGUCAGCUUGUCCAGUUUUUGGACGCCGAGAACGCUGCUGACCCGCCUUUCAUGUAUUUCCAAAUCACAUACAUGGAACGCGUGCUGUCUUUACUUCUCGGGCAACCCCAAGGCUCCUCAGGCUACGAUACAAUGCUUCUCAGCGACGAGAACCCCGUCCAGCGGAUGGAGUUUCUACACUCGUGGGUGGCCAGCCAGAUACUCACUCGCAACGAGGAGGGUCUCUGCUACGAGGAUUAUUCGGCCACGCAAAAGAUUGACAUCGAGAUGCAAAAGGCCGCUCGCAUGGUCCCUCAAGAUUGGUGGCUUGUACCCGAUCUGUCGGUGAAGUCAAAUCGGGUCAUGGGCUUCUGCCAGCUCACCGCCCACCUCAUGCAUCACUAUCUACUUAUCCAGCUUCACUUGCCGUUCAUCCUCCCGUCGCCCACGGAGGUCAGGCAAGACUACAGCAUCUUCACGUGCGCCCACGCCAGCCGCGAGGUCCUGGCCCGCUUCAUCUCCUUCCACUGCCUCGACGGCGUGACGUUCAACUUCUCCCGCCUCUACUUCUUCGCCCUGAUCGCCAUCGAGGCCGUCCUGCUAGCGCACAUCAACAGCCGGAGCUUUCGAGAUUGGGGUGACAUCCUUGCACACCAGCGGGCAAGCGAUCGUUCCAUUGCAAUGCAGGUGUUGAAGCACGUGGAUAGGGCGAGCGAGAUCUGCCCCGAGGUGAGGUACGAAAAGAGCGCCAACGUCCUCCGCCAGCUCCUGCAGAUCGAGAACGAAGCCUACGAGCAGUGCAGCCUCGAAGGUCCGGAUCCACAGGGCACGCAGCACGGGCUGCGGGUGAGCGUGCCUUUCUUUGGCAUUGUUACCGUGACGCGGCAGGGGGUCAUCAAGUCUCAAGGUCCCUUCAUCACCCCUAUUCAAAGUUAUGAGCCGCAGGCCUUGGGUCUCGAAUCUGGGCGUCAGGGAGACCCUUCUCAGCCCUUUCCAUAUGCCACAGGGAUCGAGACAAAUAAUUCAGCAGCGACCCUGAGCAAUGAUGGUCAUCGGCUUUUUCCCGACUCGGGUCAGACACGAACCGGUCUCGAUAAUUCCGACUUCUUGAUAGAGGAGGACUUUCCGAGUGUAGACACAAACUUUUUUGAUAGCAUAGUGACUGAACCUUAG